GCUCCUCCCGCCGCCGUCGCCGCCGCCGCCGCCCUGAGUCACUGCCUGCGCAGCUCCGGCCGCCCGGCUCCGCGUCCGAGCCUCCUGGAACGAUAUUUGGAGUUCUUACAAGAUGGCAGACAUUGACAACAAAGAACAGUCUGAACUUGAUCAAGAUUUGGAUGACGUUGAAGAAGUAGAAGAAGAAGAAACGGGUGAAGAAACAAAAAUCAAAGCGCGUCAGCUGACUGUUCAGAUGAUGCAAAAUCCUCAGAUUCUUGCAGCCCUUCAGGAAAGACUGGAUGGUCUGGUAGACACACCAACAGGAUACAUUGAAAGCUUGCCUAAAGUAGUCAAGAGACGAGUGAACGCUCUAAAGAAUCUUCAGGUUAAAUGUGCACAGAUAGAAGCCAAGUUCUAUGAGGAAGUUCAUGAUCUCGAAAGGAAGUAUGCUGUUCUCUAUCAGCCUUUAUUCGAUAAGCGAUUUGAGAUCAUUAAUGCAAUUUAUGAGCCUACAGAAGAAGAAUGUGAGUGGAAAGCGGAUGAGGAGGAAGAGGUUUCGGAGGAGCUGAAAGAAAAGGUCAAGAUUGAAGAUGAGAAAAAGGAUGAAGAAAAAGAAGACCCUAAAGGGAUUCCAGAAUUUUGGUUGACAGUUUUUAAGAAUGUUGAUUUGCUCAGCGAUAUGGUUCAGGAGCAUGAUGAGCCUAUUCUGAAGCACUUGAAAGAUAUUAAAGUGAAGUUCUCGGAUGCUGGCCAACCCAUGAGUUUCAUCUUAGAAUUUCACUUUGAACCCAAUGAAUAUUUCACAAAUGAAGUGUUAACAAAGACUUACAGGAUGAGGUCAGAACCGGAUGAUUCUGAUCCCUUUUCUUUUGAUGGACCAGAAAUUAUGGGCUGUACAGGGUGCCAGAUAGAUUGGAAAAAAGGAAAGAAUGUUACUUUGAAAACCAUUAAAAAGAAGCAGAAACACAAGGGACGUGGGACAGUUCGUACUGUGACUAAAACAGUAUCCAAUGACUCUUUCUUUAAUUUUUUUACCCCUCCUGAAGUUCCUGAGAAUGGAGAUCUGGAUGAUGAUUCGGAGGCUAUACUGGCUGCAGACUUUGAAAUUGGUCACUUUUUACGGGAGCGGAUAAUCCCGAGAUCAGUGCUGUACUUUACUGGGGAGGCUAUUGAGGAUGAUGACGAUGAUUAUGAUGAAGAAGGUGAAGAAGCUGAUGAGGAAGGGGAAGAAGAAGGAGAUGAGGAAAAUGACCCUGACUAUGACCCAAAGAAGGAUCAGAACCCUGCAGAGUGCAAGCAGCAGUGAAGCAGAAGGCCUGGCCUUGAGGACGGCCUGCCCUGUAAUAGCCUAAGCUCGACUCAGUUACUCACAGCCUUAUGGUUUUGUAUUUUCUUGGUAGAAUCAGUAAGUUUUUAAAGGAAAGGAAAUUGAUAUUUUAAAGACCAAUUUGUUCUGCCUAGACUCCUUACUAUAGUUCUGUCAGAUAUGUUGAAUGCAUAUAAAUCCUCUAUUGCAUGUUCAUUUAUUGCUGCAGCUUGGUUCUUCUGGAAUAUUUUCAUCAUGUAGCUAUUGUAAUACAAUUAUGAAAAUCAACUGUUGAACUCAUUUGGUUUAGCUGCUGCCUUCCUAAAGAACCAAAGUUGGUUUCAGCUGGUAGAAGAACAAGUUGAAGUCUGCCUGCAUCCACUCAUGCUUCUGUAGUGUUGCUAGGGGAUGCGGUGACUGACACUUUGGAGAAAGGAAAAUUGUGGUUAAGAAUUUCCAGGAGGAUCAAACCUAAUAACUGAGGUUAUUAAGGGAGUUUUAUAUUUUAGAUGCUGUAACAGAAGUCGAUUCAUGACUAUUAGUUAAGCAAGAUGAACAAAUGCUAGGCGUUGGUUUUUCUUGUUUUGUUUUGUUUCCAGAACUUAAUCUGAUAGUAUUUAAAUGUACUUUGAAAACCUCCAUUAAUGAAAUAUCUUUUCUUUGCGGUAGGGACUACCUUCUGCUUUCCUGGAAAGGAUGGACUUACAUCAUUUGAACCUAUUUUCAAUUUUUCUCUUGUUUGUUUGCCUAAUUUUGUUUUUAUAGCGUAAAAUAAAAAUGUCACACAGUUUGAGCUGUCGCAGGAUCAUGUCUCAGUUUGUGCUGAUUGAGGCUUGCAGAGGGUUAGCUUGAGUUCAGGGAUGCCUAGUUUUCCAUGCUGACCAACUUCGGAGGAAGGAAUACAUACACAUGGGCUUUGAAAACUAACAAGUGUUGUACCAUACUUUUUUUAAGCAAAGGUUAAAUUCUAUUUGUUAGAACUAAGUAUCUUUGUGACUGUUUAUUUGAAUACUCAGUGCUCAAGGAUGUCACUUAGCCAUGCUUCUGUUUACUAUGGAGAAUUGAGAAUGGGUGGUACUAUUGAUUUAACUACCUCACAGAUAUGUUAAGGCAUAUUGGGGUAAUUCUCACAUCUUCUCAAUCUUACUAAAUGCCCAAAAGAAUCAGGCCCCUGUACCACAGUGUGAUGGUCAGCAUUCUAGUCACACCGAGCUUGAUACAUACUGGAGUGUGUGUAUCUCCUACUCUGGGAAUGGAUGAAAUAGUACAUGACUUCAAGAUAUUCAAGGGUUCCUGUCUAUUUAUUUAGUGCCCCCCCUUUGAGUGUUGCAAGUGACCACGUGUAAUAAAUCCCAAAGUGGUAAUGAGGCCAUUGCAGGGGGUGAUGACAUUAACAUCUUUUAGAUGCUAAGAGCCACAUUUAAAAUACCUCAGGCUAAUUACUGUUCAUUUUGGGGAAGGGGCUUUGCCUCCCAGGGUAAUCGGGUUGUGCUUGGAGGACAGUCUUUCAUGUCAUUCCUGCUGUUAAUCAAAUUGACAUCUUUUUUUUUCCCUUUUGUGGAGAGCUGUUAUUCUUUUUGUGAAAUUUCAGUAUUAAGGUCUUAGGAUGUGAACACAUUCUAUAACUAACCUCUUCCUGAGAUUUUUAACUACUGGAAAUCCUUAACCAAUUACAUUAUUUCCUUUAUUUUGAAAAUGACUUGGUUGCUAUCUAUUAGAUUCUUUGUGCUAUUUUCUGUAAUCAUAGUUCUUUUAAACACAGCUUAUUUUCUUGAACAUUAAAGUUUGUAAUCUAAAGAUAGAAUCCCGUUUUCGGUGAACUUAAAGAGCUAGCACUGUCUUUUCCCUUCCUUACUUAGGAAGUAGCUGUUGCCAAAGUGAACAGGUAGCUGCUUCUUGUUGUAUGAUCGGAAUGUGCUUUGGACGUGGGGGUCAGUGUUCAUUAUGACAUUUUGUCAGUCCCCAAAUGGUUCUAUUCCAUUCUAGAAGUCUGAAAUAUGUAAUUUGAAAUCCUUAAUAAAAUUGGAUCUAAUUUUAUAAAAUA